CCCACAUUCCCUGGGAAUUUCUUCCCAUACUCUUCGUGCUUUCAGAAGAAACAGAGAAAAACAGAGAAGGAGAAGCCAGAAAGAAAGACAAGACUUGCGUUAAUUUACUAUAGAGCUCAUCGUCACCCCGCUCCUGACCGGGAUAUCUUCCACCCACAGCAUCUAUGCCCACUAACCACCCCGUAGCAGCUGUCAGGAUAUGCUACGCCACAUCGUUACAAUAAUGCUCCCUUUUUCCUCUCUGAUUUUCGUUUUCUACAAUGACUGAUUUUGCUCAUUUCUUGCACUAUGAUUUACUAAUAAGUUGAGGUCGCUCACUGAUUAGGGGGGAGAUCAGUGGACAAGAACCAGUAUCGGGUUCUAAAGGGACCGGACCUUACCUUGCCGAUCACAUCGACGUCUGACCUAUUGCUCCAAUUAUUUCAUCUUUCUGAUUGACAGGAAGAGAACAGAAGGAAACACUCACACGGGUACUGAUCCAGACGAAAGUAUUAUUUGAAUACUUUAAUAAUAAUAUUGUCAUCAUUGUUAUUACAAUUAUCAGCAGAUUGGUAAUGUUUAUACUGACAACCGGUCCAUGAAUUCAAUUGGAGAAGAAAGAAAGUCGACGCGAGUGAUUAUGUCAUUCCCGGUACUGCCACCCCACUCCGCCUGCUGUUUUCUCCCGAUCAGUUGCCGCUCAACACAAGCCGACCUGUUCGAAUCAUUCUCGACCGUGACGAGACUGACUUGCUUCUCCCUGUGCUCUGCCUCCAAUUUACUUACUGGAGUUGUACUCUUUUUUUGGAUCCUUGAAUUCUUUGAGUGACUCUUACUCUUUCUAUCUCUUUUUGGAUCCUCUGGUCUUCUCUCUCCACGUUCCCCCCAUUUCUGCCUUCCACCCACUCCAUUUGCCUCCACUCGCUUUGUCUCCCAAGCGAAACACUCACCCCCCCCUUUCUCUUCCUUCUCUCCUCAUUCAGAUCGGAAGGGGAAUUUUAUUAUUAUUAUUAUUAUCAUUUACCAUU